GCGCGCUCGCCCGCCGCGCUCUGGGCCGCCCGAGCGAGCGGCCGGUCCUCGCGCCCCGCGCGCCCCGCGCCCCGCCGCCGCCGGCUUUUGUUGUCUCCUCCUCCCCUGCGGCCGGCGCCUCUGGACCGCGAGCCGAGUGCGCCAGGACCUUGGCUCUGCCCUUCGCGGGCCGGGGCUGCGCGGGCCCGGCCGGGGGCGCCGCCGGCCCCGCCAUGGAGCUCCGGGCCCGAGGCUGGUGGCUGCUGUGCGCGGCCGCCGCGCUGGCCGCCUGCGCUCGCGGGGACCCUGCCAGCAAGAGUCGGAGCUGCGGCGAAGUCCGCCAGAUCUACGGGGCCAAGGGCUUCAGCCUGAGCGACGUGCCCCAGGCGGAGAUCUCGGGUGAGCACCUGCGGAUCUGCCCCCAGGGCUACACCUGCUGCACCAGCGAGAUGGAGGAAAACCUGGCCAACCGCAGCCGGGCCGAGCUGGAGACCGCCCUCCUGGACAGCAGCCGAGCCCUGCAGGCCACCCUCACCAGCCAGCUGCGGGGCUUCGACGAUCACUUCCAGCGCCUGCUGAACGACUCGGAGCGGACGCUGCAGGAGGCCUUCCCCGGCGCCUUCGGAGAGCUGUACACGCAGAGCGCCAAGGCCUUCCGGGACCUGUACGCCGAGCUGCGCCUCUACUACCGCGGCGCCAACCUGCACCUGGAGGAGACGCUGGCCGAGUUCUGGGCCCGCCUGCUCGAGCGCCUCUUCCGGCAGCUGCACCCCCAGCUGCUGCUGCCCGACGACUACCUGGACUGCCUGGGCAAGCAGGCCGAGGCGCUGCGGCCCUUCGGGGAGGCCCCGCGCGAGCUGCGCCUGCGCGCCACCCGCGCCUUCGUGGCGGCGCGUGCCUUCGUGCAGGGCCUGGGCGUGGCCGGCGACGUGGUCCGCAAGGUGUCCCAGUUGCCCUUGGGCCCUGAGUGCUCAAGGGCCGUCAUGAAGCUGGUGUACUGUGCGCACUGCCUGGGGGUCCCCGGCGCCCGGCCCUGCCCGGACUACUGCCGCAACGUGCUCAAGGGCUGCCUGGCCAACCAGGCCGACCUGGACGCCGAGUGGAGGAACCUUCUGGACUCCAUGGUGCUCAUCACGGACAAGUUCUGGGGCCCGACGGGGGCGGAGAACGUCAUUGGCAGCGUGCACUUGUGGCUGGCAGAGGCCAUCAACGCCCUCCAGGACAACAAGGACACACUCACGGCCAAGGUCAUCCAGGGCUGCGGGAACCCCAAGGUGAACCCCCAGGGCCCGGGGCCUGAGGAGAAGCGGCGCCGGGGCAGACUGGCACUGCAGGAGAAGCCACCCUCGGGCACGCUGCAGAAGCUGGUCCCCGAAGCCAAGGCCCAGCUCCGAGAUGCCCAGGACUUCUGGAUCAGCCUCCCCGGGAUGCUGUGCAGUGAGAAGUUGGCCAUGAGCUCAGCCAGUGAUGACCGCUGUUGGAACGGGGUGGCCAAGGGCCGGUACCUCCCCGAGGUGAUGGGCGAUGGCCUGGCCAACCAGAUCAACAACCCCGAGGUGGAGGUGGACGUCACCAAGCCAGACAUGACCGUCCGCCAGCAGAUCAUGCAGCUCAAGAUCACGACCAACCGCCUUCGCAGCGCCUACAACGGCAACGACGUGGACUUCCAGGAUGCCAGUGACGAUGGCAGCGGCUCCGGCAGCGGCGAUGGCUGCGCAGACGACGCCUGCGGCCGGAGGGUCGGCAAGAAAAGCUCCAGCUCCCGGACGACCCUGACCCACGCCCUCCCCGGCCUGUCGGAACAGGAGGGCCAGAAGACCUCUGCCGCGCGCUGCCUCCAGCCCUGCCUGUGCCUCCUGCUCCUCCCUGUCCUCGCCCUGGUCCUCGCAGCAUCCAGGCCCCGGUGGCGGUAACUGCCCCUGAGGCCGAGGCCAAGGACUGACUUCGCCAAAACUCAGAACAGACGAUAUUUAACUUCCUCGCCCUAGUGGCUCCGGGGCGGCACAGGAAGAGACAGCCAGGGACCGCGGCUCUGUGACUGUGCUUGGGGCAGGGUGAGGUGGCACCGGUCCCCCAGGCCUGGCUUUGCCUGCCGCCCUGGCUUUUAAUUUUGUAGGAGGCCCUCAGGUCAGCCAGGAACAGUGUCCCCAAAAGCCAUGCAUUUCAGGGACCCCGGGGUCGCUGGUGGCCGUCUCCCCCUAGCUUCCCUGCACCAUUGCAGCAGCACCCAGGCUGGUGAGGAGGUCGCGCGGAGCAGUGUCCUGCUGGAGCUGAGCCCACGCCUUCCUCACUGCCCCCGGGGGCCCUUGGGGCUCCAGGUGUCUGAAAGCCAGACCCUCCCCUCAGGUCCUGAGAAGGUCCUAUGCAUGAGCCCUUGACCCCCACCCCCAGAGCUGCCUCUGGGCUCUGCUCUCAGCCCCGUCUGGCUGGGGCUGGGCCACCGCCCACAGGAGGACUCCUGCCUGGAGUCCCCACCCAGACCCAGACCUAGGUCCCAGCUCAGGGCAAAGGCCAGGGCUGCAGGGGACCCUGGUGAAACAUUAGCUCAGGGCCAGCAAGAGCCGGCACUGCAGGCCAGCGGGACCCCAGGGUCCCUUCCCGGACCCCAGCAGCUGCUGGUUUGACAGUUCAGGGCUUUUCCAGCCCCCGUGUUGACAAGCACUUCCCAUUCUUCUGAGAGCUGCAUCCUCAGCCUCUCCCAAAAAGCUUUUGAAGGCCCCCCGGACAACCUCCCCGGCCCCAGGAUCACUCAGGCUGCCCAGGCCUCCUCCCCAGGCCCAGGGGCCUCCUUCUGGGUGGGCCCUCCCAGCUGCAGGCCCUGGGGAGAGGGAGCGGUCCCGAGGGGCAGGGGGGUUCCGCACCGCCAUGACCGUGACCGAGACAGCGGUCCCGCCGGGCCUCAGGCCCCAAGAAGCCUGCUCGGCCCUGCUUUGCUUUUCCUCACGGGCUGGGAGUCCCCUGGCCACGGGUUAUGGCCUUUUCCACAGGUUGGGUCCAGGGCCCCCCGCCUGCACACCACGAGGCAGCCCAGUCCCAUGGGCACCGCCACCCCAUAAUAAGCCUGUUAUGCGGGGCAGGGGGGCUGGGCCCGGAGCCUCCUUCCCUGUGGGUGAGGGCCAGCUGGACUCUCGGGGGCCCUGGGGCAGUGACCACCCAUGGGCCAGGACGGCCCCAAAGCAGCCUGCACUCCAGCCCCACCCUAUGUGCAUCUCUGGAAGGGGCAGCCCUGCCACGGUCACUGGCCAGGCGGCAGCCAGGCCUGCUGUGUGCUCAUGCAGCGUCGUGUCGGCAGGUGACGUGUGUUCUUCGGGUCCUCGUAUGAAUAAAAGGCUGGAGACCGUG